AUGGAUACUCACAGUGACAUGUGGGCCAUGUACUUCCCACCUAGUAUAAAUCUCGAAUUCGACAGUGAUUUGGAGGACAGACUUGUUCAAGACCUCAAGGACUGGCCAUCCUUGAAAUUAAUUGAUGGCCCUCUCGCUCGACUGGGGCUUCAAGUGGCUCGCCUAUGUUCAAUCAAAUCUCCCCUCAGCUACGAAAGAAGAAUACUGUUGCACCGACAUGUAACAUGGAUAUUUUAUAUGGAUCAAGUCAGCGAGAAACUUGCAUUAUACGAUUUGCAUUCCACUGCAGGCAAGACGUACCUGGAAAACCUCAAAAGUAUUCUCAGAGACGGACCCGUCGCGGAAAUGACGGCGUUCAAAGGGUCCUGUCCAGACACUCUGAUCGAGAAUGCUGUCAACGCUCAGAAGAUCUUGGCCGAUGAUUUAAUGCCGCUCAAGAAGGAACUACUUUUACCGCAUCACCUUUCUGUGUGCAACGACGCCCUUGACCUCUUUUUUGACACUCAGAUGGAAGAGGGUGAAAGAUUCUGUCAUGAGCCAACAUUAAAAGAUAUUUACCAGACGAGAGCCUUCACGGUCGGAACAAUGGUACCUUUCAUCCUUUACAUGACACCUGAGCAGGCUGAGCUCUUCACACCCGAAGACCCAUGCCUCAUUCAGCUCUCAGUCAUGGCAGCUCUUUGGAACGACAUGAUUGGAAUAUUCAAAGACCUAGAUUCGAUCGAUAAACAGGAUGAUGGUUCUGUAUAUUUGAAUUUCGUUCGAGCAAGCAUGAGGGACCAGGGACUGACCUUAAGAGAUGCUUUACGUGGCUGUGGUCAGCGGCUGAACACUUUAAUCCACGACUUCGAGUUCUAUUUGAGCUCAUAUAGGCCUGCUCGACGUCAGUUUUACCACGCAAAUUUGGAAUUUACAUUCAUGUACUUUGAUUUCCAUUUAAUGGGAUUGAAAGAAAAGGCCAGUGAGCGCUAUGGCUGGAAGAUCAUCAGAUAG